AUGUGGGAGCUAUGGGGAAGUGCGUCCCCGGCGCUGCUGCUGCUGCCGCUGUUAGUGCCGCUGCUGGGCGCGCCGCGCGGCGUGGGCGCGGGGACAGGCGCGCCGGCAGAGCUGCGGGUCCGCGUGCGGUUGCCCGAUGGCCAGGUGACCGAGGAGAGUCUUCAGGCAGACAGCGACGCCGACAGCAUUAGCCUCGAGCUGCACAAACCCGACGGUACCCUCAUCUCCUUCACUGCAGACUUCAAGAAGGAUGUGAAGAUCUUCCGGGCCCUGAUCCUGGGGGAGCUGGAGAAAGGGCAGAGCCAGUUCCAGGCCCUCUGCUUUGUCACCCGGCUGCACCACAAUGAGAUCAUCCCCAGUGAAGCCAUGGCCAAGCUUCGGCAGAAAAACCCUCGGGCAGUGAGGCAGGCUGAAGAGGUACGGAGCCCAGAGCAACUGCACAUGGACAUUGCUGUCAACUUCACCCAGGGGGGCCUGCUGAGCCCCCAUCUCCGCAACGUGUGUGCCGAGGCUGUGGACGCCAUCUACACCCGCCAGGAGGAUGUCCAGUUCUGGCUGGAGCACGAUGUGGACAGCUCUGUAUUUGAGGCUCUGCCCAAGGCUUCUGAGCAGGUGGAACUGCCACACUGUGGGCAGGUGGAGGACCGUGGAAAGCCUUGUGCCUGCCGCUAUAGCCUGAGCCUGGCCUGGUACCCCUGCAUGCUCAAGUACUGCCACAGUCGUGACCGGCCAGCACCCUACAAAUGUGGCAUCCGCAGCUGCCAGAAGAGCUACAGCUUCGACUUCUACGUGCCCCAGAGGCAGCUGUGUCUCUGGGAUGAGGACCCCUAG